UCGACUCGCCUUUUCGUCUCCAUCUUGCCAACUUCCAACUCCCCCCUCUUGCUCUCAUGAGGAUAUAAACCUAUUCUUCAUCAAAAGUAUCAAAGAUCGGUUCUUUCCCUCUCCUCUCCUCUUAUUACCUUUGCUGUGAAUGUGAUCCGAUCUCUCUCUCUCUCUCUCUCUCUCUCUCUCUCUCUCUCUCUCCUUCCUUUUUGUCGCUGUUCCUCGCGUGUAAGAACCGCGAGGGAUGUCGGAUGCUCUGAUCAGUGGGUUGGCCGGCGCCGGCGGAGGGAUCAUCGCCCAGCUUCUCACUUACCCUUUGCAAACCGUCAACACUCGCCAGCAGACCGAACGCGAUCCAUCCGAGUCCAGCGCCCGGGAUGGAACCGUACGCCAGAUGUACCAGGUGGUGAAGCACGAGGGAUGGGGGCGUCUCUACGGCGGCCUCGCGCCGUCGCUGGUCGGUACGGCGGCCUCCCAGGGUGUAUAUUACUAUUUCUAUCAAAUAUUUAGAAAUAGGGCAGAAACUGCUGCUCGUGAUCGUUGGAAGAAAGGAAUUGGAGAUGGAUCUGUUGGCAUGUUCAAAUCACUUGUUGUUGCUGCAUUUUCCGGAUGUGUAAAUGUGCUACUGACAAACCCUAUAUGGGUAGUAGUUACAAGGAUGCAGACACACAAGAAGACAGACAAAAAACAUGUUACUCGUGCUUUGCCUUGUGUUCCAGAUGAAGCAAUUCAGGCUGCAAUUAUUGAGCCUCCAUCUUACAGAACUGGCCAUGUGGUUCAAGAACUCUAUGAUGAAGCAGGACUAUGGGGUUUCUGGAAGGGUGUAGUUCCUACACUGAUAAUGGUCAGCAAUCCUUCUAUCCAGUUCAUGCUGUAUGAGACCCUCUUGAAGAAGAUGAAGAUAAAACGAGCCUCAAAUGGGAAAGGCACUGAUGGAUUUACUGCUCUCGAGAUUUUUCUUCUUGGAGCUGUUGCCAAACUUGGAGCUACUGUUGUUACAUAUCCCCUCUUAGUGGUGAAGUCAAGGCUUCAGAUGAAACAAGGACAUGAUGAUGACAAGAGACAUCAGUAUAAAGGUACAUUUGAUGCAAUCACAAAGAUGAUCCGCUAUGAAGGCCUGUCAGGUUUUUAUAAAGGAAUGAACACAAAAGUUGUGCAGAGCGUUUUUGCUGCAGCUGUCCUGUUUAUGGUUAAGGAGGAGCUGGUGAAGGCAGCUCGUUUUCUGGUGACUGGAGAACUCAGAUCGAUCAACAAUUCAAGAUCAAAGGCACGUUCGUAGUUUUGCUUACUUUUUCUCUUUUUGCAUUUUCAAAUAGCAGCCAAGGGGAGCCAUUUUUCAGCCAAAGUUCUAUUACAAGAAAAUCAAUGACUGUGAUGAGCCCUCAAUAAAGAGGCAAACAAAAUAAAUUUGCUUCCUGUGGCGUUACAUGAUUACGUGAUUGAUUGUAAUUGAGUUCCUAGAAAUCAGAAAAUCUUAGGAUGGAGAAGCAUAGUGAAACAUUGAGAUUAAAAACACACUUCAGUUUCUGCACGGCUUCUUUCUUGCUGGUUU